AUGGAGUCCAGCAUGAACCUUCUGCACAAUGCAGGCAUUGAGGCCACACAUUGGCUGCAGCAGCACUUCCAAGGAUCCCAGGACUGGUUCCUCUUCAUCUCCUUUGCUGCUGACCUCAGGAACACGUUCUUUAUCCUCUUCCCCAUCUGGUUCCACUGCAGUGAGGCAGUGGGCAUCCGGCUGCUUUGGGUGGCCGUGGUCGGUGAUUGGCUCAAUCUCGUCUGCAAGUGGAUCCUUUUUGGGGAGAGACCCUACUGGUGGGUCCAUGAAACGGAUUAUUACAGCAAUACCUCCACCCCACCCAUCCAGCAGUUCCUGCUCACCUGUGAGACCGGCCCCGGGAGCCCCUCUGGCCAUGCCAUGGGUGCAGCAGGUGUGUACUACGUGAUGGUAACAGCCCUCCUCUCCAUUGCCAUGGGGAAGAAGCAGCUGAAGACACUCAAAUACUGGGUGUUCUGGGGAGUGCUUUGGACAGGCUUUUGGGCAGUUCAAGUCUGUGUCUGCCUGUCCCGAGUCUUCAUUGCUGCCCACUUCCCCCACCAGGUCAUCGCUGGAGUCAUCUCAGGGAUGGCUGUGGCCAAGACCUUCCAGCAUGUCCACUGCAUCUACAAUGCCAGCCUCCGCCAGUACCUGGGCAUCACCUUCUUCCUCUUCAGCUUUGCCCUGGGCUUCUACCUGCUGCUGCGGGUGAUCGGUGUGGAUCUACUUUGGACACUGGAGAAGGCACAAAGGUGGUGUGCCCACCCUGAGUGGGUCCACAUUGACACCACCCCCUUUGCCAGUCUCUUCCGUAACCUGGGCAUCCUCUUCGGGCUGGGGCUGGCCCUCAACUCCCACAUGUACCUGGAGAGCUGCCGGGGGAAGCAGAGCCAGCAAGUGCCCUUCCGCCUGGGCUGCAUCAUCUCCUCCCUUCUCAUCCUGCACCUCUUUGACGCCUUCAAGCCACCCUCCUAUGUGCAGCUGCUCUUCUACAUCCUCUCCUUCUGCAAGAGUGCAGCUGUGCCACUGGCCACCGUCGGCCUUAUCCCCUACUGUAUCUCCCAGUUGCUGGCCACACAGGACAAGAAGUCUGUCUAGGGCUGUCCCUGCAGGUAAUGGUGCAGCUGCCCUGGUGCUGGGCUCGAGGACAGGCAUUGGACAACUGCACAGGGA